AUGAGUACGGACGCGGAGAUGGCCAUUUAUGGCAAGGCUGCCAUUUACCUUCGCAAGCCUGAGAAGGAGAGAAUUGAGGCUCAAAACAAGCCAUUUGAUGCCAAAAGCGCUUGCUAUGUGGCUGAUGCAAAAGAGCUGUACCUGAAGGCUACCAUCCUUAAGAAAGAUGCGGGCAAAGUCACUGUCAAAGUCGUGGGCACAGAGGAGGAGAGGGUCGUUAAAGAGGAUGAUGUCUGUCCAAUGAACCCUCCCAAUACGGACGCGGAGAUGGCCAUUUAUGGAGAGGCUGCCAUUUACCUUCGCAAGCCUGAGAGGGAGAGAAUCGAGGCUCAAAGCAAACCCUUUGAUGCCAAAAGCGCUUGCUAUGUGACUGAUGUCAAAGAGCUGUACCUGAAGGCUACCAUCAUUAAGAAAGAUGGGGGCAAAGUCACAGUCAAAGUCUUGGACACAGAGGAGGAGAAGACUGUUAAAGAGGAUGAUGUCUGUCCAAUGAACCCUCCCAAGUAUGACAAAAUUGAGGACAUGGCCAUGAUGACCCAUCUCAAUGAAGCCUCUGUGCUGUACAAUCUCAAAGAGCGUUAUGCAGCAUGGAUGAUCUACACCUACUCUGGGUUGUUCUGUGCAACUGUGAACCCCUACAAGUGGCUUCCAGUGUACGACCAAUCUUGUGUCAAUGCCUACAGAGGCAAGAAGCGCAUGGAGGCUCCACCCCACAUCUUCUCUGUCUCUGACAACGCUUUUCAGUUCAUGCUGACUGAUAGGGAGAACCAGUCUGUUCUGAUCACUGGAGAAUCUGGUGCUGGAAAGACUGUGAACACAAAGCGUGUGAUCCAGUACUUUGCAACUAUCUCUGUUGGUGGAGGAGACAAGAAGAAGGAACCUAGCAAAUUUCAGGGAAAGGAUGUGGCUGAGUAA